CGUAGGCGGGUGCGAGGGGCAGGCGUACCACAACAUGAAAGUUUUAGCAUGACACACGAAAGAAAGUGUUGUUAUUAACUAUAGUUGAUUCGCAAAUACUUGAAAAAGUUUUAGACAGAACCGGCUUCUAGCUGAUUUGAAUGUAUUUACGUUGAGAUGAAUUUUCUGUGUUAGAUACUGGAAUGUUACGGAUGUCGGUGAACUUGUAAGUGACAUCAAAAUACAGAAACCUGGAACCACUCCACUGUUCUACUGGGCUUUUCGAAAGGAGAAUGGGUCGCAAAGUGACGGUUGCUGUGUGCACUCUAAACCAGUGGGCUUUAGACUUCGAAGGAAACCUCGCUAGGAUCCUGCAGAGCAUCCAAGAGGCGAAGGAAGCCGGUGCCAACUUCAGAAGCGGCCCAGAACUAGAAAUAUGCGGGUACAGCUGCGAGGACCACUUCUACGAGGGCGACACGCUGCUGCACUCGUGGGAGGUCCUCCUGGAGCUGCUGGUCAGCCCCGUGUGCAAGGACGUGCUGGUGGACGCGGGCAUGCCCGUCAUGCACCGCAACGUCACCUACAACUGCCGCGUCGUCUUCCUCAACAGGAAAAUCCUUUUGAUUCGUCCCAAAAUGAAGCUUUGCGAUGAUGGUAACUAUAGGGAAACUCGCUGGAUGACUGCUUGGACAAAAGAGCGACAGCUAGAGGAGUAUUUCCUGCCCAGGAUGAUAUCCGCGUACACGGGCCAGACCACGGUGCCCUUCGGGGACGGCGUCCUCUCCACCAGGGACACCUGCAUCGGCUUCGAGAUCUGCGAGGAGCUGUGGAACCCCAGGAGUUCGCACAUUCCGAUGUCCCUGGACGGGGUCGAGUUGAUAGUGAACGGAUCCGGAUCGUACAUGGAGCUCCGGAAAGCUUACGUCACCGUUGAUCUCAUCAAGUUGGCGACAAUGAAGUGCGGGGGCUGCUACAUGUUCAGCAACCUGCGCGGCUGCGACGGCCAGCGGGUCUACUUCAACGGCUGCUCCACGGUCGCCCUGAACGGCCAGAUCCUGAACAGGGGCGCCCAGUACGGCCUGCAGGAAGUGGAGGUGGUGGUCGCGACCGUAGACCUGGAGGACAUCCGGACGUACCGGAACGCCAUCCGCUCGAGGAACGCGACCGCGGCGUCCAGCCCCCCGUACCCGCGCAUCGCGGUGGACUUCUCCCUGUCGUCGGACGGCGACGUGCGGCUUCCCUCGCACCGGCCGAUGGAGUGGGUGUACCACACGCCGGAGGAGGAGAUCGCCCUCGGCCCGGCUUGCUGGCUCUGGGACUACCUCAGGCGGUCCGGUCAAGGAGGUUUCUUCUUGCCACUGAGUGGCGGCGUCGAUUCAUCGAGCGUCGCCUGCAUAGUUUACUCCAUGUGUCAUCUUGUGGUCGAAUCUGUGGAGAAAGGAGACGCCCAAGUGCUGGCGGACGUGCGCAAGAUAGUGUGCGACGGGGAGUACGUUCCGUCGGACCCGCGCGACCUCUGCAACCGGCUGUUCAUCACCUGCUACAUGGGCAGCGAGAACUCGUCGGCGGAGACCCGCGCCCGCGCCGCCGCCCUGGCCCAGAAGGUGAAGAGCUACCACAUGAACAUCAGCAUAGACGUCGCUGUGAGCGCGGUGCUCGGCAUAUUCACCUCCGUGACGGGACUCGUCCCGAAGUUUGCGUCCCGCGGCGGCAGUGCCAGAGAGAGCCUGGCUCUGCAGAACAUUCAAGCGCGGCUGAGGAUGGUGCUGGCGUACCUGUUCGCCCAGCUCGUGCUGUGGGUGCGCGGCCGCUCGGGCGGGCUGCUGGUGCUGGGAUCGUCCAACGUGGACGAGGCCCUGCGCGGCUACCUCACCAAGUACGACUGCUCCAGCGCCGACGUCAACCCCAUCGGCGGCGUCUCCAAGACGGACCUGCGGCGCUUCCUCGCCUACGCCCGGGCCAAGUACGACCUGCCGGUGCUGGACGACGUGGUGGCGGCGCCCCCCACGGCCGAGCUGGAGCCCCUGGCCGGCGGCCGGCUGGCCCAGACGGACGAGCAGGACAUGGGCAUGACCUACCUGGAGCUGAGCGAGUUCGGCUCCCUGCGCAAGCGGCUCUUCUGCGGGCCCUACUCCAUGUUCUGCAAGCUGGUGCACUCGUGGCACGGCCAGUACACCCCGGAGCAGGUCGCUGAGAAGGUGAAGCACUUCUUCCGCUGCUACGCCAUCAACCGGCACAAGAUGACGGUCCUCACCCCGAGCUGCCACGCUGAGUCGUACAGCCCGGACGACAACCGCUUUGACCACCGCCCCUUCCUCUACAACGUAAAGUGGUCGUGGCAGUUCCGGGCGAUCGACGACCAGCUGCAGCAGCUGUCCGCCGCCGGCGAGGGCAGCCCGGAGAAGGCGUCGCCGGCCGCCCAGGCCAGCGCUUCCCAAGGUCACGCCGGCCAGGCGGCAGGGGCGAGGCCGGGGGGAGCCAAGCCCGCCCCGGGGGUCCUCACGAAGGUGCUCAACACCGAGCCCAACAAGGGCGUGGUGGUGCCCGGUGGCGCGGAGGACGGCUCCAGGAGCCGCCAGCACCACUCGCUCUACGUCAGCGCCAAGGACACGCCGGCGCUGUCCUUCCAGCGGCGAACUGACACGACGCUGGUGCACAUCCUGUGAGACGGCGUGGCGCGCUCUCUCGGGUCCCGAGCGCAGCGCGGAAGGAUUUCUGUCUGUUCAUCUGAUGUGGCUCAUCUAAAUAUGUACUUGUUUCGAAAACGGUAAUGCCUACGAGCAACAAAAUUGAAAGGAUUAAGGGGUAUGCCUCCCAUUUCAGGUCAUGAUUUAACAUUCAUAUCAAUCACAGAUCAACUUUUAGAAUUUUUUUUCAAUAACUUUCACGAAAUGUAAAAUACGUACUGGGCAUACAUUUUGAAUAAUCAGCUGCUAAAGUUACAUUUUUUUUUAACGUUUUUUGUGUGUUGUACAAAUAAGGAUAAUUUAAUUUAUUGCAGAACUGAAACUUUUUUUUAGGUUUUAACUGCGAUGCCGCCGGCUGCUUCGUGAUAAUGGUUUGCAUUUCUAUCACAAAAAAACUUGUUUCGUGUUUUUUGGCCUGUCGAAAUCGUAACAAAUUUGAGAAUUUUGAAAUGCCAGGUAAAAAUUAAUUAAUAUUUUCUGAAAGAAAUUCAAACCAUUUCUUGAAGUAGCCAGUGGCAUUGCAGUUGAACCUAAAAAAAUUUCAGUUCUGCGAUCAAUUGAAUUCUCCUUAUUUGUACGACCCAAAAAUGUUCAAAAUGUAACUUUAGCAGCUAACUAUCCAAAAAUAUAUGUAUAAAAUGUAUAUAUUUUACAUUUUGUGAAAGUUAAACAAUUGGAAAAGUCUACAAGUUCACUUGUAAUUACUGUAAAUAUAAAAUCUUUACAUAAAAUGGGAGGCGCCCCCUUAAGCUAGAUUCGAAAUGAUUCGUGACAUGCAGCCAAUCAGAUGGCCCCGAAAAAUUCCAUUCAUCCGUCCGUCGAAACCUUGCCAAUCUCUUAACUUUUGACGUACGGCCGGAUGGAAUUAUAUCUUCAAAAAAAAUGUUUGAAAAGCAUUAAUUUUUUUUAAGGGUUUUUAAUAGUUAGUUUGUUUCUUUAGAUGCUUCUGUAUUGUGUUCAUAACUUACCCGUGAACACGUUUUAAGUUUGAUAUUUGAAACAAAAAGUGUCCGAGACGCAAAAGUAAUUAAUACAUUCAAAUAAAUAUUUUGUAGUUAUUUUAAUCAUUUCUAAGUGUCCAGGGUACAUGAUCAUCGAAAUGGUAAACCUUUACAAAAGAAAUUUUCUCAAAAAUUUUAAACCUUAAUAGUUAGUUGGCAGCGUGCCAGUAGAAAAAUAUCACGACCGACAAGCGGAUCAUUUUGAAUCAUUUGGCCUGUUGGCGGAUGGCGGACGGAUGCGACGACGGAUCAUUGUGAGUCCAGCUUUAGUCGCAAAACUUCAGGUUCAAGCAGCAGCACAUUUUGCUGACUUGAAAUUUUUUUUUUUUUGGCCCCCUUACUUAAGUUUAUAGUCACACAUUUGAAUGUAAGUAGUUGAGGACUUCUGCUGAAAUCAUGUGAGCAUUAUCCCGGGAAUGGUUUUAGCUUUCCAACUUAUAAAUUGGCACAUUGCUGUGAAUAGUAGAUUUAAUCUGCAUUAUAGAAAAAUUGUGUUAAAAAUUUUUUGCUAGGUACUUAUAAAUUUUGGCAUAUGAACAGGAAAAUUUUAAAUUUUUAAAUUUUUAUUUACUGGUAAAUGUUUUUAACUCACCUUGCAGAAAAUUUAAUUAUGUGGGAUUUCCUUAAGAAGGUUUUGCAGUUAUAUUGAAUUUUGCAUAAAUAUAUACAUACAAAUAUGCGGUGUGAAAUUCGAGGCCGCAAUAUAUCUUUGAAGGUGGAGCUGAACAAAUUUUCAUUGUAAAUAAUAGAGAAAGUAUUUAAGUUUGAACGCAAAUUGAAUAUCUUUUUUAAAAUUCAGGGUGUCCAUAAAAGAACGUUCCAGUUUGGGUGGUGUAUUAUAGCUGUUUAAAUUAGACUAUUUACAACAAAUCAUACAUCAAAUUGAAGGUAAAUUAACCUAGUUUUUUUUCUUACAAAUGUUCAAUAUGCGCACCUUCAGUUGUACGGCACACAUCCAAGCUAAGGUCCAAUUCUUCCCACACUUUGGUUAAUACUUCCGGAGUAAUGGAAGCAAUAGCCUCUUCGAUUCUGCGUCUCAACUCUGGAAAAUAAUUAGGUAGCGGCGGAACGUAGGCACGAUCUUCUAUAAAGCCCCAAAGGAAAAAAAAAAGUGCCUGGUGUUGCGUCAGGUGAACGUGGAGGCCAGCGAAAAAAGAGCUAUGUCGUCUCAACCAUUACGGACCAAUCCAACGGUCAGGGACUUUUGACGUCCAAACACUCUCGUGCAAAGUUAUUCCGUUGGGGAGGGGCUCCAUGCUGUUGCCAAAUAAAGUUUACAUGUUCGCCCUCUACUAAUUAUUUUUGCGCAGGUGGCGUUGCAAGCAAGAAAACAACAAAGCAGUACUCGUGCAUGCGCUUACUUAAAACCACUCGAAUUACUCUUUGUGACCGUGAAACAAAACUCUACAAUGCAUACAGUUGAAAACAAUUAAAAUUUAUAACUAGGACAUUUUUUAUGGACACCCUGUAUUUCCGGCAGAAAAGCAAAUUGAAGGGAAGUUUAGAGUUAAAAAAUUUCCGUGAUAACCCUUAAUAAGUUAAAGAGUAAAAAACUAAAAAAAAAAUCAACAUGGCAGGCAAAACCAAUACUUAAAAUUACCUAAAGCAGACGUUUAUGCGUACUGAAAGUCUGAUGUGCUAACAAAUGAAAAUACUAAAUCCUCAAUUCUUCUGGCCACGGUUUGUCUUCUUGUAAAAACGCGUGGCUCCCAAAGUAUUGCCCUUGGCUUUCCAAGUAAAAGUAUUCAUUUUUAUUUUUUAAGGUUGUGCUUAGCUAAUAAGUUUGUCUGCGAGUGAGUUGUACUCACGUGUUUUUUAUCUGUAGAGUGAAUUGUAGAGGCACUGCGCGCACAGGGCUUCGCGAUCUAAGUCUGCCGUGCCGACAAACUCGCGAUACAAAAACCGCUUGACCAAUCAGCAUCAAGGAUGCGUAGCGAUAAAGAAAAAUGCAGAAAAAUUACUUUUUGACGUGAUAACGUCUUAUAAAUCGAUGAACGCCGGCUGUACGCGCGAAAAAUUGUCACGUUCCGCCUGAGCCGAGUGUGCACGAACCGGCCAACCACCGUGCGAGAAAACGUUCUACAAUAUCAAACAGGUUAAGGCCGGCUUUUUUAACUAAUUGUUUCGUGAUUAUAUUUAAACAAAUUAUUUAAAUUAAAUUCGCAAAAACUGUAAAUAAUAUUUAAAAAUUAAAAAGUACGCAAUUUUUCGUCAAUGUUUUCUAAUGACGUUAUCACGUAAAAAUUAUCGUCCGUAAACCGACUUUACUGACAACCACCUUUUUUUUUCUUUAAACUCGUUAUUUCAUGUCAUACUUGCAUUUUAUCGCCAGAAGACAGCUACAAACGCCCACCCACAAUGAAACAAGUUGUACAGUGACAAUGCUAUCUUGGGCAAGUUGCUCAUCAGCCCAAACUCACUAUGUAUCUGCAUACUCACUCUUACUGUUUUGUGGUCACAUUCUGUUGCGAGUACUCAUUUGACGAUUAAUGGUGUAUUUAGAUGGUAAUGUCAGACAUGAUUAUUUGUCGCAUUCAAAAUGCUUCUGAUUUGUUACUAAAGUUGGAAAUGUGUAUAUUGCAAAGCCGCACAUAAACAGGGAAGAAUGUAAAGAUAAAGGUAUGAGGGAUUGAUUGUACUGAUAAUUACAACCAAUUUUGUUCAUACCAAGCUUAACAUUCCAUCUAUAGAGAUUCUUUUGAAUUAAUUUCUUUAAAUCUGUACUUAGAUUUUAAAAAAUGCUUUGUUUUUAAAAUUAUUUAUGAACUUAUUUAUACUAAAGUAGUGAAAAAUAAUAAAAAUUAUGAACUAAA